UAGAAAUAUCAGUUGUGUCUAUUGGGCCUCCACAAAAAGAUUUCAACCAAAAUGUCGGAAAAUCAAAAAGAUAAAUCAAGAAAGUCCGCUGAUGCCAAAAAUGGGAAGGAACAAAUACCUGACGAUAACAAAUCAUCGGAUAGUAGGGCAGUUGUCUUUGUGGGAAACGAUGAUUCGGAUUCAAAGCCCAGAACCAGCCCAACCCCGAAGAAAGAGAUGCAAAAAAUCCCGAAAGAGAAUCCGGGGGAAAGUAAAUCCGGGAGACAAUCUAGGGUUUCCCCAAAAACAAUAAAAAUUGCCCCGGAUCCAAAUCGGAGGUCGACUACACAUACUUCAAGAAAAGCGAUUAGUCCAUUCGUAGUAGCCAAAAAGCCAUUACCACCACGCGUCAGCGAAGAACUGCUGGAGGGCCCGAGAGUCUCGGAUCGAAAAUCCGAAAGAAUGUCCGACAAAAAAUCAAUGUUCGGCAGUCAAUCAAUAUUUUUAAGAAAAAAAUCUCUAGACGAUCGUAUAGAACAACAAGAAGAUAAGAAGAAACAAUCGUCCCGAUCGUCAAGCAUUUCAAAAGAAAGAAAGUCGACUAAACCAUCUUCUGAUGACGAAAAACCUAGUACAAGCACUAAAACAGCAGAUGCCAUAGCACUUGAAAGUCUAGAAACCGAGGAAGGCGAAGAAGCCCGUGAAAGAGGCGUUACCAUUUCAGAAUGGGUCUCAAAAAAGACAAUUAAUAGCCAGGAGAGCUUCGAUGUAGGUGACAAAGGGGUCCCCGUCGACGCUUUUGGUUCUGACGACGAUUAUGAUGUAGAGGAUAGUGAGGAUACCGAGUACCUUGAAAAGAUGUUGAGGUAUGAAAACCGGCAUACUCGGGAUGGCAUCGAAUAUAGAAGCAUGGGUACCCAAAGUGAUUUAGUCAACCAACGAAAGCCACCAACAAGUGGCCUCGAUUGGUCUCUCUCCACAGAUGCAACCGGGUCCGACGAGUCCACUUGGGAAGAGGGAAUGUUGGAAGACGAUGGCUUGUAUGGGUCAUCAACCAUAAAUAGCACGCAAAGUGUGGACGAUCGAUCCGUGAUUCUAGCCGAAAUAAUCGACAUAGGAAAAUUAAAGGAACUGAAGCAGGAUGAUGAUUCAGCACAUGACUUUAGGGGAAGUCGUAGAAUGGACAAAACAAUCGACGAGAUCAGAUGCCCAAAAGUCACUGGAACAGCCAAGAAUCACAUCGAGGAAGUGGGAUAUCCUUCAUCCACGGAUGAGGAUGAGGACAAUUACGCAGAGAAAAAUAAAAAGAGGAAAAGGUAUUCUCUUCUUUGUAAAACUAAAAGCGAAACAGAAAUAUCGGAUGUGAACCAACGAUCUCGAAUGAAUUACAUGCAGGCCAAAAAAGAUUCAAGGCCAACGGGCCUCAAUAAGUGGAGAUUUCUCAUAGAGGAGAACGUGUACGAGAUCUCUGGCCAACCACAACAAUUGAGGCAGAAGGACAAACUCUGUAUUGGUAAACAAACUAAGAGUCAUAGAUCUAUUGGUGUCAAUACGGACAUAAGCCGAAAGCCUGGCUCAAAGGAUGAGGGUAGCGCCAAGGUCGCGGAACCAGUAGCAAUCACAGUGCAGCCCACGACUUCUCAUGGCAGAUCACGAGAAGUGGGUGUCAACACCACUAUUCCAGUGCCAUUGUUACAACCUUACACAUCCCUGAUCCGACACCACAAUCAUGGCAGGUUGAGGGACAUUGGAACCAACACGCCCAAAUACUACGAGGCCUUUAACGAUGGAAAAUGUGUGAAAUUUUCCGAUCCGAUCCACUCGGAUGUGGGUUACAUCAAUAAAUUGAUUGUAAAAAUCCCGAAGUCGACCGAAGACGUAGAUCUGAAAUCGCGCAGUCGGCUGUAUUACGAGGACUGUGAGCAUCACUUUCCGAAGAGAAACUGGCGACGGUACUACUACAAAAAGGACGAACAGGGAAGGCAUGUAUUCCGACGACCCAGUCGCUGGUUGUACACCAUCCUCUUUACAAUAGGCUAUUUGCUUUUCGUAUUACUCUUCGCCAUGGCCUGGUUUGAUCACGUCACAUCCAACACAAGCGUUAUGCAGCCAAUGAUCAGAAUGGCCCAGCCCUCGUUGAGCUUUGCGCCAAGUGGAUCAAGAUCCAGCCCGAAUUCCAUUGAAUUCGAUCCCCGCAAUGCAUCGGAAGUAAUGGAGAAGUAUACCAAGGUACUCACGUUGAUGGAGAAGUACGGCAACAAUGGCCAAAACCCUCGUUUCGGACCCUGCGUUGCCAGCGAGAAGUUUGGGUAUGAAAUCGGCGAACCGUGUGUUUUUGUCAAAAUAAACCGCAUAAUCGGCUUCAAGACCGAUCCAUUUACAGACGCCCGGAAUGUGGUUAGAGGCAACAUGGAAAUGGUUGAUUUCAUGGCUGUGAGGAGCCUCCUAAACAGCAUACCGUCCGAUGCAGAUCGCGAAGGUCGAACGUGGCUUCUUUGCAGUACGGGUAGCAAGAAGUCCGUCCAGAUUGAAUUUUAUCCUGAACCUGCUUUUCGAACGCAAUACACCGAUAUUGAGUCGAAAAUAGAGUACAUUUCCGAAAACCGUACCUCAUUCUUCAGCCCCAAGGAUUUGAACCGAAUAGUGGCUCUCAAGAUUAAGAAUCUGCAGCCGAAUGAACGCGUGCACGUAAAGUGUCAAAUAUUUGCCCGAAAUAUCAAUCACGACGGACAGGGCUUGGGACAUGUUUCUUUUUACGUGAUUCUCGCCAACAAAAAAAAUCGAGAAAAAAUGCACAAAGUUCUUAGACAUGAUUCAUUAUAAAAUUAUUAUUAUGUGAAAUUUAUGCUUGUACAUUCUCAAUUGUGUAUUAAAAUCGUUUUGAAAUAUUGUAACAAA